AUGGACCAGACGGACCAGCCGCCACUCCAGCCCCACAUCACGAAUUCUGCUUCGAUUGCCCAGCUGGACCAGCCGGACCAGCCGGACCAGCCGGACCAAAGAGCCCCAGGAAACGCCGGAGCCCCAAGAGCCCCAGGAGCCCCAGGACAGCCAGGAGCCGACGGACACCCAGGAAACCCAGGAGCCCCAGGAGCCCCAGGACAAGUUCGCGAUGUCCCAGCCCCAGCCGGACCACCAGGACCACCAGGACCAGAUGGACCAGCCGGGCCUGCUGGAAACCCAGGAUCCCCAGGAAACCCAGGAUCCCAAGGACCACAAGGACCACCAGGAGACAAUGGAGCUCCAGGAGCCCCAGGACAGCCAGGAAAGAACGGAGACAAUGGAGCCGAUGGAGAGACCGGAGCCCCAGGAGGUUGCGACCACUGCCCACCACCAAGAACCGCCCCAGGAUAUUAA